AUGACCACCUCACAAGGAUCAGAAAGAGAAAUAGGAAUGCUAGAUGUAGGAACUCACUGUUCCCUAUGUGAAAAAUUAGAUUUCUUACCAUUCCAUUGUUCAUCAUGCAAUAAAGAUUUUUGUUCAGAGCAUCGGUCCAAACAAUCUCAUUAUUGUGAAUCAUUAAAGCAGCAAACCACUACCCCGAGGUCGAGCGAGACUGUUCGUGGGAAUGAUGAGCAAUAUUUUAAAAGUUUGCUUCCUGAGAAAGGAUACAUUCGAGUUAAUCAACCACAUGUCCGUAAUCCUGUAUCAACAAAUGAGGCUGUGUUAGGUAAUGGUAACUUGAGGGAAAAAAAUACAAUACGGUCGAGAUUGAAUGAAUCCACUUUAUCGAAAUUGAAAAGUUUUUUUGAUAAGCAUAGAAGUAGUAAUAAUAAGAAAACUUCUCGUAGCUUUUUUAGCUCGAAGAAAUCUAAUAAUGAUGAGAAUGAGGGGAAUAUACUUCUUUUAAAAAAAUCGGCCAUUGGAGAUUCGAAGAUUCCAACAAGUAAUAGAAUUCAUAUAUGGUGUUAUUAUUUAGAAGGUAAUUCGGAGCAAGAGGGGGACGCUAAUAGUGUGAAAACGGCUGUUUUUAUAAAUAAGAUUUGGCCAUUAGGUAGGACAUUGGAUUAUUUGGCUCAACAAUUACAAGUUAAAAAUUUGAAUAGUAAUUUUAAAACAACUAAGAAGGAAAAAUUAUACCUUUAUAAAGAAAUUAAGGCGAAGGAUAAUGUUGAUUUUAAAUUGUUGGAAUUAUCGGAUCGUGUCGCUAAUGAAUUACAUGAUAAGGACGUAGUUUAUUUAGUUCGUGGCGAUGACGUUAUAGCAUAA